AUGGAGCAUCCAGUGAAGGACGUCCGCGGAGUCAUCCGUACCCUCUGCCAGGGAAGCCCAAAAGAACAGGAAGAUACUCUUAACCGUUACUUUACCCCGUCGGCGUCGUUCGUCCAUCCAUUCUGUCGUGUCCCACAUUUUGACAAGAUCUAUAUUCCCGGAUAUGGUUUCCUGAAUUCGCGAGAGUUUAUUCAGUAUAUCUAUAAGUGGUACAAGAUUUUAAGUCCCAAGAUUGAUAUCGAAGUCGAAUCAGCCGUCUUCGACCAACGCCUUUCCCUCCUCUACGUCAACAUCGCUCAGACCUUUUCCAUCUGGUUCUUCCCCUUCCACAAAGCCCCCGUCCGUCUUGUAACAGUCCUUCACCUCAUCGAGGAAGACGACUUCAAGAACAACAACAGCAACUCCUCAAACCUCCGCCGCCGUCUUCCCAACAAGGCCAAGAACGCCUUGACAAAACAAGAGAGCGAUGACAACGACUCCGAUUACACAGAUUCUCAAGAAGGACCCAGCUACGCCUCAGUAGCUGCCGGCGACGCCACACCAGAGAAGACAGAGGAAGGAAUUUCCAUGGUUCACCCGCCCAACCCGAGCAAUCCGGUUGCUGUUGAGAACGCCCCUAUUGCUGAUGCUUCUGCCUGGGAAAGUGGCGAGGCGCAGAGACCAGUAGACGGUGUCAAUGGGGGUAAAAGCAACAAGCGGUACCUGAUCACCAAGCAAGAAGACUUCUACCAGGUCAACGACUUCCUCAAGUUUUUGUUCUCGAGCCCGGGAGCGUGGGUAUGGUAUGCUAUUCAGUUGUGGAACUCGAUCUUGUGCGUGGUGGGCGUGUUGUUGCUUGAGCCUUUGAUCAGAGCUUUGGGGAUCAAAAGGGAAGGAGGCGGAAAGCCUAAGUGGACGUGA